AUGAAAUUGAAUAAUUUUGAUAGUAUUUAAAACUAUGUAUAAUGGAUUAACAACUAAUAUUUUACGUCAGGAAACAUAUUCUACAGUGCAUUUUGGAAUAUAUUAUGAAUUAAAAAGUACAGUUUCUGAAAGAAUAUGGAAAUCUCUUACAUUUAGUACUCUUAUUUGUAUAGCAACAAUAUCAGAAGCUAUUGGUGGAGUUAUUAGUAAUCCGAUGGAUAUAAUUAAUAUUCGUAUGCAAAAUGAUAAUUCAUCAUUAUACAAAGAAGAAAUUAAAAGAACAUAUUCCAUGGAUUAUAUAUAA